CCCAACCUCUCCCCCUAAAAGCCCUAGCACACCUAAACUCACCGCUCCUCCUACGCGCUCCAGCCCGCCCAAGCUGCCGAGCCCGCCUAGUGGCGCGAGCAGCAGCACUAAAGAGCGCCAGCAGCAACGCCGCUCCCGCUUUGACCGUGACGCUCUUUAGGAACUGGUUUGACUCGAGGCGACUCCGGCAACCCCCAAUGCGCGGCCGCCACGUGUCACCUCGCGAACAACCUGAUCUCUAACUGGCGAGCCCUAUGCAUCCAGGCGCUGUUCGCGGCGAACGUCCGGGCUUGGGAAUUGGCGCGGUCUUUAACUCGCAGGGGAGCGGCGCGGUUUUCACUCCGCCGUAUUCUGUCACGCUCGCGGGCUCCCGAUUCGACUCUAAGGAAAUUCCUUCAACAGUCCGCGGGCCCGCGGGUCAUGGCGCGCCCGCCCAUGCAGCCGCCCGCGCUUUCUCCGCCUCCGCUCUCCAAAUCUCCCCCUCCUUCAAAGCCAUCUCCCUCUCCCCCCCCCGCGCCCUUAUCCAAUAUCAGCAUAAAUACCCCGCCUUCCCCGCGCACUCCCCCUCGGUCCCCGCCGGCGUCAUCCCCGCCGGCUGCAAAUUCUCCCCCCAUCCCCGGCGUUCCCCCGCCCGGGACAUCCCGGACGCGCAGUGCGCGUUCGAUUCGGAUGCGCCGCUGCACGAAUGCGCUCUAGGGUUUGCGCGGGGGGUACUGGGGGGAUACGGGCGCAGCGAGUAUGUGGUUACCAACGCCAGCGAUAGCAUCAUCUCGCCUGCGGAGGGUUCGCUAAGAUGGGGUUUGCAGCAGUACAGGGACGGAGUGUACAUUCGGUUUGAAUCGUCUAUGACAAUUCAUCUCAAAGGAAGACUGCUCCUAUCGUCGUACACAACGAUUGAUGGGCGAGGGGGGCAGGUUCAAAUCAGGGGAGAAACGAUUGUGGUGCAAUCUGCGGAGCAUGUGAUUAUACACAAUAUUGAAGUGGGCGAGGUGGAUGUAGCCCCCUACGGCACGCUGGACGGCAUUGCCAUCAGAGCCAGCAGCAUGGUGUGGGUGGACCACUGCCUCGUGCACAAUGCCCCGCUGGGCACCGUCGACCUGCUCGCCUCCUCCGACGCCGUCACCGUCUCGCACUGCCACCUCUCCAAACUACCUCCUCCCCCCUCGCCUCCGCCAACGCCACGUCAGCACCACCCCCCGCUGACCCGACGCCCCGCGGGCACUGGUGGUCAAGAGCCUGACACUGCGCGUGUCACCUACUUCGGUAAUUUCUUUGAGGGGCCAUCGGCUCCUGUGCUGCACUGGCCAGGCGUCGCUUGUGCCACCUGGUGAACAAUCUCUUUGCCAACUGGACUGAC